AUGAAAAGCACAUCGCGAGAAAGGAAAACAGAGGAGAGAAUUGUUAAUGUAUCAUCACUAGGCCAUCGAUAUGGGUACCGUGAAGGGUUUUGUUUUGAUAAAAUUAAUGAUGAAUCAAGAUACCACAGAUAUUAUGCUUAUGGACAGUCCAAGCUUGCUAACAUAUUGCAUGCUAAUGAACUUACAAGACGUCUGAAGGAAGAAGGGGCAGAGGUAACAGCUAAUUCUCUCCAUCCGGGAACAAUUCUCACAAAUCUUAUGCGCUAUGAUGGCUUUUUAAAGUGUAUUCUUAAGGUGCUGGGCAUAUUUAUCUCUAAAACUGUUCAGCAGGGUGCGGCAACCACAUGCUUUGUGGCACUCCAUCCACAGCUUAAAGGAGUAGGCGGCAAAUACUUCGUGGACUGUAACAUCGCCAAACCGAGCUCUCAGGCAAAAGACGCAGAUUUGGCAACCAGACUAUGGGAUUUUAGUUUGAGUUUGACAAAUGCCAAGUAG